AUGCAGCGGUCGCUCCUGCCCUUGCCAGUCCCUGACUGGUGCCGCGCGCAGGCCGCUCCGGGCGGCAGCGGCGGUCGCACAGCGCGGCGUCGCCGCGCCAACGGGACGCUGCAGGGGGAGCUCGUGACCGAGCUCGUUGUGGCGCUCAACCAGCUGGAUGCCGGCUCUGAUGACCCGCCUCGCUGUGCGGGCCAGGAGCCCAACAGGAUGCAGCAGCUUUGCUUGGAGCAUCUCGCCGACAGCUGCGCGGCGAUGGGCUCCAUUCCUCCAGACUUGUCGACCGAGGUGGCCCUUCAGGAGCUCCAGGUCGGCGCUGGCUACUCCGACGGCGAGCCCGUCACGGUGGCCCCCUUCGCGCACGACCUCGUGUCUCUUCCAGCUGUGGGCGGUGCGCCUGUGCCCCUGAGCCAGCUGUUGGGGGCCGACGGUCCAGACAUAGUGCGAGGGUUCAUUACUUCGAAGGUUUUGCCAAUUCAAAGCGCCGAGAUUUUUAAGAAGGAGGCUGGCUUCGCACGCCCUUACCUGGACCCAGUGCUGCGACAGCCCGCGGCCUACCUUGCCUUCGUCGAGAGGAUGAGGGACGGUGGCAUGCUGGAGUUCAGGGUCGAUGAGGGCGAUUUUGAGGAAGUCGGACUGGCCACCGCUUGGAAGAAGGAUGGUCGCCAACGCCUGGUGAUCGAUUGCCGGGGCAGCAACUUCAGGUUCGCGGAGCCCGACAAGACCAGCCUGGCCUCGGGGGGCAGCUUCAGCUCCAUCGAGCUUGCGCCGGGCGAGGUGCUGUGGACGGCAGGGGUCGAUAUCGCGGACGCCUUCUACAACAUGGGCCUGCCGCCGGAGCUCCGGCACCUCUUUGCGCUCCCUCGGCUUCGGGCAGCACAGCUCGGGGUACGUGAGCUGGGCGGGCGCCCAGUUCCGGGCCGCGCUUGGGCACGCCCGUGCUUGGCCGUCCUGCCCAUGGGCUGGACGCACGCGCUGGAUUUUUGCCAGAAAGUGCACAGAAAUAUCUUACUCCAGAAGGGAGGUUUCGAUAGCGUUCCUGAAUUGGUCGACGGUAUGCCAGCACCUCACAUCCAGGACGGGGCCUACACUGCUUAUGUUGACAAUUUCAUUUCUUUUGGCGUGGAUCCUGAUAGGCGCCCGCUCUUGGCCGUAUUUAGUUCUGUUUAUGCUUUCUCGAGGAAGUACUUCGAUCGUGUGAUGAAGCUGCCGCCGUCAGUCCGCCGUGAGCUUCGUUGGGCCGCCUCCCUGAUCCCCCUCGCCUGGGCUGAUCUCCGGGCUACCUGGUCUCCCAGGGUCUACGCGAGCGACGCUAGCGAGGAGGGGGGGGGCGUGUGCCAGAAGGAGGCCGACCUGGGAGCCAUUCGCGGUGCUGGGAGAUACGGGGAGAGGUGGCGAUUCCGACGAGGAACUGCCUCUAGGCCUCGAGACUGCCUCUUCGAGCAGAGCGACCCGCCGUCCGCCGACGCCGCGAAGGUCGAGCCGAUCGCCGAUUCCGUCGUGUCGCCGAAUGUGGAGCACGUCGUGUCGCCGGAGGAGGCGGUGGAGGAUCCUGAGGGUAACUUGUGGAACGUCCCGGAGGUGGAGGAGAAACUGCACGGGGGAAGGUGGCAGGUCGUUUCGAGCGGAGGGUGGGCCCGGUCCGAGAAGAUCAUCGUCCUUGAAGGUCGGGCACUCGUUCACUCUCUGAGGCACGCACUUCGCGACUCGAAGUCUUUCGGUAAGCGUAUCCUCUUCCUUUGCGAUAACAUGGGGCUCGUGUGUGCUAUGGAGAAGGGCCGCUCCUCAGCCGGGGGGGUCCUCCGCGUCGCCCGGCAAUGGGGUGCCUGGUGCCUGGCGGGCGCGGUGCAGGCCUCGGUGCGCUGGAUUCCGUCUGAGCGGAACGUCGCCGAUGCUCCGUCGCGCCGCCACAUCCCCCUCGGGGUUUGGAUCGACAACGGCGCGGCGGACUCUGCCGAGGGCAUCGAGCAGUGGGCCGUCCGGGGCGCCGGGCGCAGCAGCCAGCAGGCGGAUUGCCGCAGCGCCGGCCUCGAGCUCGCCGAGCUGGCCGUCCGCGAGCCUGCCGUCGGCGUGCUUCGGGGCGCCCGCCGGGCAGUCGCGGCCCAGUCGCGCCAGGUGCUGCGGACGCUGCCCCCGCCCGCGGCCCGGAGCCGCAGGAUGGCGCGAGCUGCGAGGCGCGAGCAGGGAGCGGCUGCGGCUGCUCGUCGGGCAGCGCUCGGAGGCCCUGGGUCGCUGCUGCAGCGGGCGUCGGUGGCGCCGAAGACCGUGGGCCAGUACGACGGUCUGUGGCAGGACAUCCUCCGCGUGUGGCUGCGGUGGCGUGCUGUGUGCUCCCUGCAGUCGGCGCCAAGCGACGACGAGACAGACUUCGUGGUCGCGAGCUGGAUGGACCAGGAGAUCUCGUUCGGGGAGCUGGCGCAGGGGGGCACAAAGGAGCUCGCGGCGGUGAGCUACUUCCGGACGCAGUUCGCAAGGUCGGGAGGGCUCUCCCUUCCGCGCCCGGCGCAGGCCGUGAAGGGCUGGAAGCGGCUCGCCUCUGGGCGGGCGCGGCUGCCGCUGCCCUGGGAGGUCGUCGCGCUGAUCGCGCUGGAGAUGCUGCUGACCGGCUUCUGGGCGAUGGCGGCCUGGACGGUCGCCGCCGUCCACUGCUGCUUCCGCCCCAGCGAGCUGCAGCGGUUUAUCGCCGAGAUGCUCGUGCCGCCCGUGCCGGGGACCCACGUGGCGAACCGGGCGAUCGUGCUGCACCCGAGCGAGGAGGAGAUCAGCGGCAGGACAGGGCAGUUCGACAAGAAGGAGGGGCACGCGGGCGAGCAGCUGCAGCGGCGGCCCCUAGUGCUAGUCCUGAGCGUUUUGGGUGUUCAGACGGCCGCAGCCCUAGUCAAGCGGGAGUUCACGAGCGCGGCGAUAUUCGAAUACACAGUGGACAUCUUGUUGCCGGGCGUGAGCCACAGGCUCAUGGAGGCCAUGAAGCCUGGCCGCUGCUCCCGCCAUCAUGUGAGCCACGAGGACGAGAGCGACGGCGGCCCCGCGCUUGGCGUGGUGCGGCGGCUGGCCACGGAGAGCGCGGGAGGCACUGCGUAUGAGGUGGAGUAUUUCGGCGCGAUCGAGCCGUAUUUUUCUUGGUGGCUCGACUCGCGCCAGAAGAAGGGCGACAAGUUGUUCCUGCACGUGCUGCACGCCCGCAUGCUGCACCAGUUCACGGCGAACGAGGCAGCAGAUUUCCACAUGGAGAUGCUCCGCGAGAGCGAGGAUAGCCCCGCCGUCCCGCAUGACGUCGCACAGGCGGCUCCGGUCGAGGUAGAUGGUGGCCGCUCCGCCCGAGGCCCCCCCGCCAGCCGCAAGGCUGAGGUCCCUGCGCGCAUGCGCCCGGAUGCUGCGGGCCGCGAGGCCAGUGCGCUCGUCGAGAUACACGACGAUGACGAGGACGACGACGCGGCCUUCGAGGAGCUAGAGCGCGAGUUCCAGGCACUCGCGGGCAAGGCCGAGGACACGAAGGCGGAGGGGAAGGACAGCAACCGGGAGCGUUUCGGCAGGCUGCGCGCGAAGCUUGCGGAGGCGCGCAAGCUGGCCUCCGCUGUUCUUGGCGCCAUCCCGCCGUCGGGCUCGUCGGCCAACCCCUGGGCAAGAAGCGGCAGAAGCACGGCGCGGUUGCUCCGGCGCGCAUCGCGGGCCAGGACAGCCGUCAAGUCGCUCGGCCGCCUCGCCGAGAAGGAGAUGGAGGACAUGGCCCAGCAUUUGGAUCACGGCGACUCGGGUUCAGAUCAGUUCAAGGCGCUGGCGGUGAAGUGUCUUCUCCUCGUGCUGCGCCCAGCGCAUCCCAUCGCGAGCUGCAGGCGUUGUGCGAGGGCGGGAUCACGCAGGGCCGCUAACAACAGGACCAAGGACGUCCAGCUGCGCGGCCUCGCCGCGCGGCCCUUGGCCCGCGACCGUCCUCUGGGGGGCCAGUUGUUGAUUCCUCUGGGCCGCCGGGUGCGAUCCCUGGAAGUCCGACGGCCGCUCUUCGGGGUGUUCAAUGCGAUCUGGGAGCAGACUGGAUCUGGAAGGACGCUGUUGGCGAGAGAUAGCCUAGACGAGCUGACGCGUGGCUGCCUGCUCCUGCCCCUCGCGCCCACCAACCUGGGGGCGGCGACGACUGGCGUCGCGUCGUGCUCUGAUUCAGGCGAGGGCGGCGCUGGCACGUGCACGGCCGUGGGUGUGACUGAGGGAGCUCCCGGCUUCCUGGCGAGCACGGGCAACCCCGAGACUUGGGGCCACCGCGUCGCGGGCUAUUCUGGCAGGCGCGUCGUCGAGUUGCCCCGGGACCUCGAGCCUAAGAUCGCCGAGAACAAGCCGCGCAUCCUGUCGGUCAGGGGGCGCGGGCCGCGUCGAGAGAUGCCGUGCCGGGAUGCCGGCGGCGCGAACGCUGGCCGGCAGGGCGCGCUCGCCGCUUGGAGCGGCCUGUUCACGCGGCUCCCUGGGGUGAUCGGGAGGGCAAAGGCCAUCUUCGACUUCAUCAAGGCUGUCAAGGUUCUGAUGGGGUUCUCCAAGCACUACACCUCGCCCGUGGCCUGCUCGGGCUCCAGCCGCGACAGCGUCGAGCUGGAACUGGAGCUCGGGCGGCCAGCUGAUUGCGCGAACCUCCGCGGCAUCACGCAGUGCCUCGAGGUGAAGGACCUGCCGGGCGAGUCCGUCGAGUUUUCGGAGGGCCCGAUCCGAGAGUCUCCGCUGGGCCAGCAGCUAGGGCAGAUUGGAUAUUGGCGCGCCCUUUCGGCCGAAGGUCGGAGAUCCUCGGGGAAGCUCCGCGGGUUGACACGUCAGUGCUCUGCCAUCUUCUGGAGCUCAGAUCUCUACGUUGGCAUUGGCUACAUCAACGCGAAGUCGGUCGACGGCAAGCUCGGCGAAUACAUUGAGGCCUGCUGGACCGAGCUCGAGCCGCCGUGCCCCGCGGUGAACGCAGCUGCUGCGCCGCAGUGGAUGAUGCCGUCUUUGAAAGGCAGAACUGGAGCUUGGUUAGGCGAGAUCCUCGCACUGCGGCCACGGCAUGUGCAAGUCAGAGACAAGCGCGCUGUCCUUCAUAUCGAGUCCUCGAAGAUGGGGCUCAUGACAGGCGCUUUCGAAGACGUGUGCUUGCGCGAUGGUGACAGUGCCAAUCAGCGUUGCGCGUUCGACCAGAUCGACAACUUAGCGUUCCAGGGCCAUCAGCGAGAGGCGCGACAGCGCGACGCCAUCUUGGUGGCAGACAUGGUGGACGGCGCGGGCGACGACCAAGCGCGGGCGGUGGCGGGCUCCUCGGACGCGCGGCUCGGUGCGCAGAUCGAUGGGGGUCUCAUCGGGAAUGAAGAUGGGGCUGCAGUUUCGGCAUCUGGCGGCAUGGUCAGGCUCGAUGGCGCAGAGAGGCCCGUAGAGCUGGCGCCGGCCGAGCGCGCGGAGCUGGAGGUCGCAGAGCGUUAG